AUGUCACUGAUCACCCCCAGCUCCAGCGAUGACGGACAUCAGGAUACCAUUUUGCGCGACACCUUCACUCCAAACGACUCCGAAGAAGGCGAAUCGCAGCGCCAUCAAGAUGAAGCUAUAUUCGCCGAAGAUCCGUUUGCGCAAGGCGAGGCCGAACCCAUAACUUUCAAACGUAAACAAAAGAAACCGGCCCGUUUCAGUCUAUCGAACAUCUUCCCCAGCGGCAACAGCAGCACCCCGCCGCGAUUGAUAGGCCAUCCGCAGACUGGGGCUCAUUCUUUGAGAGAUUGGACGAACUUUGCACACGACCCAGAGCCGACGGACUCUGGCACGAACAUCAAUGGUUUCAAGGAAGACGGUCCUCUCGACUGGUAUGUCGAAGGCCCUGGUAGACGAGUGGGCUAUGACGACCUCACUGCGAUCGACUGGGUCUUUGAAUACAUGAAAGAGCGCCAGAGGAAGAGACUUCUAUACUCGAAAGGACAAGGGCUGUUGGGUCAUCUGCAACAAAUCUUAGACGGAAGCCAUGUCUGGGUGGUGUUGGUCACGACCGGAAUUACAGUCGGCCUUAUUGCUGCUUGUAUCGACAUCGCGACCAACUGGUUGGGCGACUUGAAGCUUGGAUAUUGUAAGGGUGAUCAAGGGGCUAAUCAGUUCUACCUCAACCGACAGUUUUGCUGUUGGGGCCAUGAAGAAUUUUCUGAAUGUGUAGGUUGGGUGCCGUGGAGAGCUGCCCUAGGAAUUUCCUCUGGUGGCGGAGGCUACGUGAUAGAGUACAUAUUUUUCGUGAUGUUUUCGGUUGUUUUUGCAUCAUGCGCCUGCAUCUUAGUCCGAAGCUACGCUCCGUAUGCUAAACAUAGCGGAAUACCUGAAAUCAAAACUGUCCUCGGGGGGUUUGUCAUGAAACACUUGAUGGGGGGCUGGACCCUAGCCAUUAAGUCUAUUGGACUUUGCCUUGCUGUUUCUUCCGGCAUGUGGAUAGGCAAAGAAGGUCCUUUAGUCCAUGUCGCAUGUUGUUGUGCAAACAUUAUAAUGAAGCCGUUCGACAGUUUGAAUCGAAAUGAAGCGAUAAAACGAGAAGUGCUGUCUGCUGCCGCCGCUGCAGGCAUCUCCGUCGCCUUCGGUGCGCCUAUUGGCGGUGUGCUGUUUAGCUUAGAGCAACUCGCGUACUAUUUUCCAGACAGGACAAUGUGGCAAAGUUUCGUAUGUGCCACUAUUGCUUCAGUCACACUCCAGGCAUUGGAUCCUUUCCAUACUGGUAAAAUCGUGCUGUACCAGGUGACAUACACUAGGGAAUGGCAUCGUUUCGAAAUUUUUCCCUUUAUGCUUUUGGGCAUCUUGGGCGGCCUCUACGGAGGCCUAUUUAUAAAAUUCAACAUGAAGAUAGCCGGAUGGCGCAAGACUCGAGGUUGGGCCUUUCCGAUCCUCGAAGUUGCGUUCAUCGCAAUUGUCACUGCUCUUAUCAACUUUCCAAACAAGUUUAUGAGAGCACAGUCAUCAGAGCUGGUGUAUCAAUUGUUUGCCGAGUGCGCAACGACCACCGAUGAUCAACUAGACCUCUGCAAAACGGGGGCGGCAUCAUUUGGUGUCAUUGCUCUUUUGCUUGUGGCAGCAUUAUGUGGCUUUUUCCUAGCAUCUAUCAGUUUUGGUCUGGAAAUUCCUGCAGGUAUAAUCCUCCCGUCCCUAGCAAUUGGUGCUCUGUUUGGCCGCGCUCUCGGCAUCGGGGUCGAAAUGUGGCAAUCAGCAUACCCCGACUUUUUCUUGUUUCAAAGCUGCGACCCCGAUAUUCCCUGCAUUACACCAGCGACCUAUGCUAUCAUAGGAGCGGCGGCGGCGCUUGGAGGAGCAACGAGAAUGACGGUUUCUAUUGUGGUUAUCAUGUUUGAAUUGACAGGUGCCUUGACAUAUGUGAUCCCAAUCAUGAUUGCCGUGAUGCUUUCGAAAUGGUGCGGCGACAUUUUUGGCAAACGAGGCAUAUACGAGUCUUGGAUUCACCUCAAUGAAUAUCCAUUUUUGGAUCACAAAGACGACAAGCCUCCACCGGAUGUUCCGGCGUCGAAAAUAAUGACACAUGUUGACGACCUCACUGUCAUUCCUGCGGUGGGGCAUACCAUUGAAUCGCUAAAGAGUCUACUAUCUCAGACUCGGUAUCGUGGAUUCCCAGUCGUCCUGGAUACCUCGAAUCCCAUUCUACUUGGGUAUAUCUCACGAAAUGAACUAUCCUAUGCAUUGAACUCAUAUACCAAGAGCCGCAAACUAUCGCCAGAAACACAGGCGUUCUUUGUUCACCAGCCUUUUGCUGACCCUAAUGAAACUUUUGAUUUGCGGCCUUGGAUGGAUCAGACACCGAUGGCACUGAACAGCCGUAUCAGUUUCUCCAUCGUCCUGGGUAUGUUUCAGAGACUCGGGUUGAGAUAUGUGCUGUUUGUCCAUAAAGGCAACCUCAAAGGCCUUCUCACUAAAAAGGACGUCUGGUUCAUUUUGAACGGCGUGGAAAGUCGUCGAGAAAAGGGCUUCGGGGAUGGGGCUCUCAGAGAAGCUGAGAACCCUGAUGAAGUUGGCCUACUCAGCCAUGAGGACGAUUUUAGUGUUGUAGAGGGUCGACAGUCUAUGCAGUCACUCUGA